GACCCCAACCCAAGUCAUCCCACUCCAUCGACCACCGUUACAAGAACCCUCCCCACAACCUCUCUCAUUUCUAACCCUUCAGAAUCAGAGUUCUGAGCUCACAACUUACAACAAUCUCUUCCCCACUUCACCUUCCUACUCCUCCAUCUCUGAAACUCACAACUCCGAGAAAACCAGAGAAGCAGCGCAACUCAAAUCUCCAAACUGGCGAUCGAUAAUCAAGAGUCCACGGUCAAGGAAAUCAAACCCAAGAGCAGAAGGAUCAUGGGAGCUGGAGGUCCGGAUGACGAUGACAACAGGUGGCCACCGUGGUUGCGCCCUCUCCUUCGAACACCUUUCUUUGUUCAAUGCAAGUUCCAUGCUGAUUCCCACAAGAGCGAAUGCAAUAUGUAUUGCUUGGACUGUAUGAAUGGGGCUCUCUGUUCUCUCUGCCUCGCUUAUCACAAGGACCACCGGGCCAUUCAGAUAAGGAGGUCUUCUUACCACGACGUGAUUAGGGUUUCUGAGAUUCAGAAGGUCUUGGACAUUAGCGGUGUUCAGACCUACAUUAUCAACAGCGCCCGGGUUGUGUUCUUAAACGAGCGUCCUCAGCCCAGGCCUGGAAAGGGGGUCACCAACACCUGCGAGGUCUGCGAGCGUAGCCUCCUCGAUUCCUUCCGAUUCUGUUCUCUUGGCUGCAAGAUUGUCGGAACCUCCAAAAACUUCCAGAAAAGGAAGCGUUCGUCAGCGACGGCGUCCGACUCAGAAGACUCGUACAGUAGCAGCAACCAUGACCACGAGAAGAAGAAGGUUCAGAGCUUUACCCCAUCAACGCCGCCCCCAACGCUCGUAAAUUACAGAACUGCCAAGCGAAGAAAGGGAAUUCCCCACAGAGCCCCUCUUGGAGGACUUAUCAUAGAAUACUAGAAUUACUAGUCAAAGUAGUAGUUUAUUACCUAGAUACCCAGAAUACCCCAGUGAAUAUUACAUUGUAGCCCCUGUUUGUAGCCUUGAUGUUUCUUUCUCUACGAAAGCCCUGCCCAGGCACUCGAGCUUUUUAGUAGUAUGGAAGCCGGUGUUGGGAACUGAAGCUCUCUCUUGUAUUGUUGUAUAUAGAAGGAAGCCUAAAGAAAAGACUGGAAAAGGAAUAAAAGGAAAAAUCGGCAGGAAUGGAAGGAGUUGAAAAUGAUUAGUUCUCUAUAUAAGGUACCUAAAAGUAAAAUGCCUAAGUUUUGUUAGGGGUUAAAAUGUAAAUAUAUUUUGUGAGCAGGGAUGACAAUGUAAUGAUAAUGAUAGACUUUGCCUAUAAAUGGAUUGGAAUAAUAAUAUGGUUCCACGUUCA